AUGAGCGUCUGUAGCGACAGUGGCAGCCACAGCCACAGCCACACUAGUAGCACCACCAGCACCGGCGCAGUUCCGCCUCCAGGUACUGUCCCUGUACCACCGAUCCCUAGCGCAGCACGCUUUGCGCCACUCGACCACGUCUCUGCUGAAGCGACACAGAGCAAUCCCCUGCACGAGUUACUUCAGCAACAGCAGCAGCUGCAGCCCCCUCGCCCUCCGCCCCCACCGUCGAUCGCCACGUCCAGCUCGAACCAGUUCCUGCAGCAGUUUCUAUCCUCCUCUUCGAACGCCAUGCCCAUGAUCAAUCACCACAUGCGCCACGUACCAGCGCCCAUGCCUCCUACAAGUGCACCAAGCUCCCUUUUACCUCUACUUCGGCAGCUUUCGCCCAGUCACGGGGCUUUCCUGCCACCUCGAUCGGCGCCGAUGCCGCCACCCUCUCCGUUCCAGCCAGUACCUUGUCUCUCUGCUACUAGUAGAGGGGCGUAUCCUGCCGCGCCACGUAGUGCGGCAACUGUCUCGAUGGAUGGCAGUCGUAGUAAUGGAGCAGGAGGGUCAGCGACCAGCUCGCUGACAGGCUCUCCUAGACGUGCAGGCACUGUCGCUGGAUUUGGAAUCGCCGAUGCUCUGGCGAUACCUCCUGGAACGAGACUUUGUGGAGAGACUGUAGAAUAUCACUCGCGUGGAGAAUCUGCCCUUGGUGAUAGCAAAUCACUGGAAGUCAUGCCUAUAACAUUGUACCAUUCGGAACGGACAUCGCAGCAGCUGGGUAACCUCAUUUCCGUCAACGAGCACUUUAUCUCGUAUCCAAUCCGGAACGGAUUGAUUCGCGUUAUAAGUCAAAGUUCGGCAAAUCGAUUGUUGCUGCGGAAACACGAGCACCACACAGUGACGGAGCUGGCGUUUUUCAACAGCGAGUCGGAUCUGCUCUUAAGCUCGGGUACAGACCACCAUGUGGCUAUUUGGGCGAUCCAGAACGACCCUGUAAGCCGCGAGCUGAUUAAGCUGGUGCCAACGCAGGCACAACGUGUUAAGUGGCACCCAUCCGACUCUAACAAGAUUGCUAUUGCUAACGGAAGCGAAGUGUUUAUUGCUGACUUGUCGACAGUUGACGCUCAUGGCACUGGUGCCGGGAAUCUGCACGACAUUAGUGUCAUAUGUAGCCAACCUUCUGGUCCGAUUAACGACAUGGCUUUUUCGCCAGGUAGCGGCAAGUGUGUUAUCACGGCUGGUAAUGAUGGCGCUGUGCAAGUGUACCGUGUGAAUGACCAACUUCCUGGGCAGCUUGCUGACUUUAUUCACUGCUUUGAACCGUUCCAUGGAGGAGCUGUCAAUAGUUUACACUUCUAUGGGGGCAACUUUCUCAACCAGCCUGGAUUGCUGAUAGGUGGUGAGUCUAACACGCGUUUGUCGCUAUGGAAUGCGGCGCUAGUGGAGGACACCACUCCCGUGUGUUACCAGACAGUGACGCUUUGUGGCAGUACACGAGAAAAUUUGUCACUUCUGCAUGAGACGAUCUUUGACCCCACGACACAGUUUUUGUUCGUGGCCGACCGGUCAAAGCCGUUGAUAUAUGCCUUCCAUCUCGCUCCCAGUUCUGACGCGCGCACACCACGCCGUUUUGACAACGUGACGGAGUUUACUUUGGCGUAUCCUGUGCUCAGCAUGGGUUUGCUGAACCGUACUGCUCAGAACCAACCACCUCGCGAUGGCAGCGAUACGUCCUCCAUGCUGGGUGGACAGAACUUUUCCAUGCAGCUGUACUGCCUGCAAACUCAUGCUAUUCAGCGGUAUCACGUGUCGGCACGUGAAUGCUUUGUCCCUUGUGCUCACACUCCGCUAGGGGAUAUGAUUGAGGCUAAUGAGGACAUUGGUCAAUCCGUUGGUGCUGUGACGACUGAGGGAGAGAGUAUCGAAACUUCGUACCAGACAGCGGCCGAAUCCCCUCGCGCUGCAUCUGCAGCAGUCUUAGCUCCUGAAACUGGGAUUGAUGUUCAUGAUCCUGAAGGUGCCGAGGAGGAGCGAGGUGACAAUUCUGACCAGCCUGCUCUACACCGAACGUCUAUAGAUUGCCUUCUACCGACUCCCUUGUCACCUGCUCGAAGCACCCGAAGUACACGAAGCACUGGUGCUCAUUCGCUACAUUUAGCAACCUGUGAUGAAACUGCAUCAGUAUCAGCACCGUCGAUGUCAGGAGACGAGGGAAGACUCUCGAAUUUGCGAUUUUAUAAUCGCUCUUCCCCGUCGUCUUCGGUUCGUGCGUUUCACGAUGAAUCAUCUGUGCAGUAUGACCCAUCUAUUGAUGAUACAGCGAGCGAAAAUCAGCAACACACGCUUCUUGCUUCGUUACGCAGAAUGGAAGCUGCUCAGCUUCAGCGUGAUGAGGAGCUCCGUGAACAGAUGCGUGUGACGAUUGGAAGUUUGGGCAACCACCUGACGUCACAAGUCUCAACUCAAGUGGAAAAGUCGAUCCAGAAGCAGCUUCAGUUGGUUCUUGUGCCGGCAAUGGGCCGCAUUGUGUUGCAUACCAUGGAAAACAGUUUCAUGAAACCCGUGCAAAACGGGUUCCAGCAUGUCAUUGGCGAGAAACUGAUUCCGUUAAUGCAGCAGAAGCUAGAUGACGCGCUCGCAACAUCACUGCCGGACCAUUUCACGAAUGGUGUUGAUGACAUGGUGCAGCGUGUAGUUGAAGACGUCCGCCAGCCUGUGCGUGAGUCCUUCCGUGAGUGCUUUCAGGACAUUUUGAUUCCGUCUUUCCAGGCUGCAACGCAAAAAAUGUUCGAGCAAAUAAACAACACAUUUGUUCAGGGUGCGCGCAGUGCGUUUGGGAGCAACGGGGGAAGUAGCAGCGACACGAACCUGACAGGCCAACUGGAGCAGCUGACGAAGUUGGUGGAAAACUUGACGAAGCAAGUGGAGCUUCUAAGCUCAGCCGUUCAUGCUGGAGGCAUAAAUGGAGCGUCUGUACCGGUUGCAAAGUCUCCUGAAGAUCUUCAACUAGAGGCACAGCAGGGGGUUGUGCUUGAUUGUCUUGCACGGAAUGAUUGGGAGGAGGCGUUUAAGCUUGUACUUGGUGCACAGAACGUUAACCUUGUAGCAUUCACUUGCCAGCAGUGUGAUCCGCGAAUCGUUCUAAGCUGCCGUCCGCCUAAGCUGCCGCAGAUGUUGAUCCUGUGCUUGGUGCAGCAACUGGGAGCGGAUUUGGGGGAUGACCUGGAAACGAAAAUUAACUGGCUGCGGGAGUCGCUUCUGGUAAUGGAUGUGCGCGAUCAAAGUAUCGCCAGCUUUGCGGUCGGCGUGUUGCAUGAGCUACAGGCAGGACUGAACGGUGUACCAGCGCAGUACCGCGACUCGCAAUAUGUUCUGUUGCACCACGUCCUCAACUCGAUGCUCAGCUCAGCGUAA